UACUCGGAUUCAUCAUACAUACAUUGAUUGCUCUUCUACAGAUUACACCUUUCAAGGUCAAUAACAUAAGCUCACUCAUCAACAUCUAUAUAAGCUACUACACGCUCAGACAUGGCAGAAACCACGGACAACUAUGGCGGCAACAAGCUCCACAAGGUGACUGCAGCCUUUGAUAAGCCGCACUACGAUGAUCGUUCUUUCAAGAUAUUCCUUGCUGGUACCAUCGAUAUGGGAAGCGCUCCAGAUUGGCAAGGGUACCUCACAGAUCAAAUCUUCAAGAAACACCCGAAUCGGAUGAUUCACAUUCUCACCCCUCGUACCGAGUUCUGGGUGAACAAAGUGGACGAAAAGCAGAGGGCUGACGAGACUAAGGAGGAGUUUGACCUCAGGCAGAAGAAGAAAGCAGCUUUUGACCUCCAGAGCCAGGUUGACUGGGAGCUCGAUGCGCUCGAGAAGGUCGAUCUGAUUGUCAUGAAUCUGCACGACAAGUCCAAAUCGCCCAUCUCCCUGCUCGAGCUUGGCAUCUUCGCAGAGUCAAAGAAGAUCUUGGUCCGCUGCUCCAAGGAAUUCUACCGCUUCGACAAUGUCCGCAUCGUAUGCAAGCGCAAGGGUGUUGCCCAUGUCUCACACUGGACGCUGUUCGAGAACACCAUUCUUGAUAUCCUGGAGAGACUUGCUCCUAAGCCUUCUGAAAGUUCUGCUGGUGCGGUAUCUCAAACGCAAAGACAAGUGAUCAUUAAGGAGAAGCUGGAGUCUGCCUUCAACAAGGGAUUAGACAAGGAGCCGGACCGCGAUUUCCCCUUUGUACCGCUCAUGGACGCGGCGAUCGCGACACUGCCGGAGCCGUACAAGUCAGUCGUUCAGACACAGGCCAAAGCUAUCGCCGAAGCCAGCGAGGAGGUAGAAAGGAUGAACAAGAACAUAACUGCCUCCAACAUUGCUGUCAUCAACACGAUAUCCAAGAUCAACAAUGGCACCCUGAAGUAGCCGUCCGAGCCUAGUCCGGCGCAAGUGGCAGGUGGAGCAGCUUCUCAUUGACCUUGGGCAAGGUCUCGAGACAAGCAUGGUCUUGGAUUCCCAUGUUGGUGGCAGGGCGUUACACUGUCUCUCGGAGAUACCCAUUAU